AUGUCUACCCAAUGGGAGGACAUCGUCCUCGAACUCUACAACUUGAUGAAGGAGAACGACUGGAUCCUCAAUUUCAACCAAGCCAUCGCCGAUGCCAAAAGGGCAAAUGUCCCAGAUCUUGACGAGAUCAACGACCUAACCGACUACCUCAACGACAUCAACAAAUUCCUUUUCUGGAAGCCAACGGAGAACGAACGCGGCGACGUGGUCUACAAUAAAAUCUGCCUCUUCUACUGGAUCCUGGAACAGCGCACCACAUCAGUCCUUCAAUCUGUGGUCCUACCCAACCAAGCCAAUAAGCAACUGACAACCCUCUCACAAUGGAUGGUUGACUACGCAAAUUGCCUCGGGGCCUUCUACGACACCGAAGACUCGAUCAACGCCGAGACCAUUGAAACAUUCUACAAUUCUCCUGCCUACAAUAUGGAUCAGUACCUGCGUCCCGAAGGAGACUGGAAGACCUUCAACGAGUUCUUUGCCCGCCACGUUAACCCCGGCUUGCGCAACCCGGAUGACCCCACAAACCCGGAAGUCAUUGUCGGCGGAGCCGACUCGGUUUUUGACGGCCAAUGGCCAGUAGACGACGAGAACAACGUCUUCUUCGUGAAGGGUGUGCCGUGGAACAUCAAAGAGCUCCUGAAAGGCAGCGACUACGCCGAAAGAUUCCAGGGAGGAACCUUCAUGCACGCCUUCCUCAAUACAACCGACUACCAUCGCCUGCACGCCCCUGUCCCCGGAGCUGUCGUCGAGGCAAAGGUGAUCCAGGGAGCAGCAUAUCUGGAAGUCUCCCCGGCUACGGCUCCCGUCGGGAAAGUAAGGUUGCUAGGGGUUUGGAUGCACCAGAUACCCCCGGUUACCAAUUCCUGCAGGCGAGGGGGUGUAUCAUUAUUGAUUCCCCGAUUGGGUUGGUUGCUAUGCUCCCUGUUGGGAUGGCACAGGUUUCGUCGGUGA